AAAAUUUUGAAUUGCAUAAGAUGCACCCUUUCAUCUCUAGAUGCAGACUUAACGUUUUUAAGAAUCCUAGCCCACAUUCCCUCCUCCAAUACCAAGUUUAAAUUUUUCUCCCAUACUCUCUUGAGAGAAGUUAAAGCUCCGUCCCACAGACUCUGAAUUAACAGGGAGUAAAUGCCUCAUGACCUUUUCCAAAAGCAGUAAUCACCUCUCCCAGAGUAUCUGCCACUUUAGGGGGGUGUGUGCUACUCCCAAAAACAGUACAAAGCAGGUGGCGCAGUUGUAAAUACCUAUAUAACUGAGAUCUGUGGAUCCCAAAAUGUUGAACCAACUUUUCAAACGAUCUCAACACUCCACUCUCAUAUAGGCACCGAGUGUAGCAACCCCCCUCACAAUCCACUCUGACCAACAGAAAGGGGACUUACCAAUACACAAUCUUGGGUUCUGCCAUAUGCUCGAGGCAACAUUUAAAUAAAUGUCCGAUUUAAACAUUCUGGACACUUUUGUCCAUACCGAGUGUAAAUGUGAAAUAACGGGGUGUAACUUCUCAGAUUAGUUUGAUAGAGAGGCUUUGCAAUGGCGAAAUAGGGGUAAGAACAGUUCUCAUGCCUUGGAUCUCUUGAUGAAUGAGGCAUACUGUAUGAUCCGGCCUCUAAGAACCACCUUAAGUGCCUCCCAAGCCACGCCCACAGAAGAUACUGAAGACCAGUUGGUCUCCAUAUAAACAUUGAUUUCAGUCUUUAACAUUUGUUGGAAAUCAUGAUUUUGCAAAAGGGAUACAUUAAAGUACCAACUAUAUGAUUUCUUUUUCUCCGUAUGUGGCAACACUUCUAAACUCACCAGGGCAUGAUCUGAGGCUAUAGAUUUUUCCAACUGAAUAAUCAACAACAGAUGAAAUUGGGGACUUAGAUAUAUAUAUAUAUAUAUAUAUAUAUAUAUAUAUAUAUAUAUAUAUAUAUAUAUAUAUAUAAAAUUAUUCUAGAAUAAAUCUUAUGGACUGAUGAAAAAAAUGUAUAGUCCCUACCAGAUGGGUUCAAAAGUCGGCAAAUAUCUGCAAGACCAAGAUUUGUACACAUCCUGUGAAGCGUCAAUGUUGCUCUAGGGGGCUUACACACUUUUGCUUCACUAUGAUCAAGGACUGAGUCCAUCAAAAGAUUAAAGUCUCCUCCCAAUAUUAUGUCAUAAGGGGUGCCAGUGGCUUGCAACAUCCCUUCGAGAUCAAUAAAAAAGCCCUGAUCAUCAACGUUAGAUGUGUAAAUAUUAGCCAAAACCAACCUUUGCCCCUGAAUUUCUGCUAAAACAAUAAUGAGUCUCCCUAAUUUAUCUUUAUUCUGUUUGAGAGAUUUGAAUUGUAGAUGAUUAUUUAUCAGUAUAUUGACUCCCCUGCUCUUACUUGAGCCAGCACUAAAGAAAACAUGUCCACCCCAUAUCUUCCCAAAUUUUUCAGCUUCCCGUGGGGAAAGAUGUGUUUCUUGAAGAAACACUAUAUCACAUUUCUUAUGCUUAAGAAAAGAAAUAACCCUCCUUCUUUUUUGGGGUGCCCCAACCCAUUCACAUUCCAUGUGGAGAAAGAUAACACACUCAUGUAUAACAUAACAUUUGACAUUUUGAUAUAAUAGAAAAAUAAAUUGUGUGUCAAAAAUAAGAUUAUACAGACCACAUUCCAACAUUAGUGCAACAAUCAAACCCCGAACCAAACAAACAGAAAAAAGAAAAACGUGCGCAUUAACCCCGCGCACGACAGCGCCAAACGGCGUCAAUCCCUCUAAACUCAAAAGGUCCAUGUAUGCCUACGAGAGCCCCCGAGAAAACUUUGCCACUGGAUUGCUCAAGUUUUGUGCUUCUGCACAAAUUUUGUAAGGCAAAAUUACAUAACAGAAAAUACUUUGUAAAACAAACCCCAGCAAAUAGGCAGAAUAAACACAAAGAACGUGUAGAUUCAAUCACAGAACUGUCUCGAAGGUGUUCUGUUCACAAAACAAAUUCCAACCGAUAUAAAGCUUUUAAUUUCCUCGGACAGACAAACAAGUGUUCAGUGAGCCGGCUGUUUAUGAGUGCAGCAGAUGAUGUAAUCAUUUAAAUAUCCUGCAAAAAAUACUCCACAAAACAAACUCCAGCCAACAGGAGGCAUAAGCACAAGGAACGAACAGAUUCAUCCACAACUGUCCCGAAGCAGUGCCAUUCCACAAAUCAAACUCCUGCCACUAGGCGGAACCAGCACAAAAAGAAACAAAACAGGCAUCCCGGUUCCUCGGAUGGUCAAGAGUCAAAUUCACAUGGAGGCCGCAUUAAAAAAAAUACACCAUGACUUACUCAGUCCAUCAACUUUAUAAAAGACAUCAUUUGUGUGGGCAUGUAAAUAUUUUGCGGCCAUCCCCAGCAUCCACUCUCAAUCUGGCCGGGAACCCCAGUGCAAAAGCGAUCCUCCGUCAAUGCAAAAGUUUCUUGAAGGAGAAGUAUUAUUCCUCAAAGCAAACUCCAGCCACUAGGCGGAACCAACACAAACAGAAACAAAAAUGGCGCCCAGCUUCCUCAGACAAUCGAGUGUAUUUUCAGUGAGUCAAACCACUCACAUAAGAAACACCAAAUGGCUUACUCACUCCAAUGUAUUUAUGAAGGACAGUGCUUGUUUGGGACACGUAAAUACUUUGUGGCCAUUCUUCAUUUCUAUUCUCAGUUUGGCCGGAAAUAUCAGUGCAAAAGUGAUCUUCCGUUGAUGUAAGAGUUUCUUACACUCCUUGAAUCGAUCGUGUUUCUCUCUUGUCGAAUUCGCAAAGUCCGGGAACAAGAAAAUAUUGUGAUUCUUCCAAGAAAGCUUUCCUUAGCUUCUCGCCUCACGCAACACGAGAUCUUUAUCAGAUGAUCUCAGAAAUUUGGCCAGAAUUGAUAGGGGCCUGUCUCCCUCUCUCUGUGAGCUCGCUCGAUUUCCAGCUUAUGGCCUGUUAUGUCGAGCAGACUCGGGAAGAGCUCGUCUAGGAAUUUCACCAUAUCUCUGCCUUCUUCAUGCUCAGGAAUUCCAACAAUCCGUAUAUUAUUACUUCGGCUCCUAUUUUAGAGAUUUUCCAGUUUUUCCAAAAUGUUUCCCAGGUCUAUUUUGGUCGCGAGCGGAUUAGCGGAUAAUUCCCUUUCCGAUGACUCCAGAUAAUCAAUCCGUUACUCAACAUUUGCCACUCUUGUAACCAACUCAGAGAAUUUUGUUUCCACUGCCGUAAUCGAUCGACGUAUUACAGCGAGAUCCUCCAAGUCAGCAACAACCUUCGUCAGCAUCACAAACAUGUUGGACAGUUGAUGCUGAAUUUCCACGACCGCGCCAUCCAAAUCGAGUCCUCGGUCUGCAGGCCCAUCAGAGGUUUCAGCUUGAGCACGUAAGUGUCUUUUAAUGUCUCCAGAGUCCGAGGAUUUUGACUUUGCCAUGUUUACCUCAAAGAACAAAUAUGUAACUGGGUGUAUCGAAUCUCACUGGAUUAUAACAAGAAAAUAAUAAAAAAUCCCAAUCCCGUCGCUCACACAUCUGCUCCUCGCAUGGCAUUACGUGACCUCCCUAGAUAACAGUCUUUUAACCCUUAGUAAUAGCAAAGAAUGUUUAGCUCAAGACAGACCACUUACAGUUUUUCUCGAUUGCUAACACACAAAAAUUGGUAGUGUAAGCCAUCCUCACUAAACCAUUUUGCCAAUUCCCAGCAGAAAGACCAUGUACCCCAGUCUAUAAACACUAUUUACCAUUUUUGCCACAUUUCAGUGGUCCAUUCACACUUCUUUGCAAAAAUCUAAACACACCUCUCACUUUAAGACACAGUUGUCACCAUGUUGUCAUUUAGAAAACACUGCCGUUCAAUAAGUAAACUCAAACCAGUGCAAUUCAAACACCCUUAACAAACAAUUGUCCAUGUGUAAGCACGAAUGACCAAAAUUACUCAACAAGCAAUCAGGAGAUUGGAAUGAAUAAAAAGGGCAACAGGUAAGCUCACCUGUGUUUCUGAAUCAUGGAUGCAAACAUCGGAGAACGAGGCAAAGGAAUGGUAAGAAUGAGAGGAGGUGGACAAGGGAGAGGCAGAGGAAGAGGAAGAAGAACAACAAUCUCAAAUGAGAUCCGUGCUACUGUAGUGGACCAUGUUGUUGUACACGGUAUGACAUUGAGGGAAGCUGGGCUGAGAGUACAGCCAAACCUGAGCCAUUUCAGUGUUGCAUCGAUUGUCUGGACUUUCAGGGAUGAAAACAGGUACCAUUCUAUGAAGUUAAACUUUUCUAUACUAUACGUACCGUGAAACUAUAUGCAUUAUAGUAGCAGAAGCAGACAAUACAAGAAAAUGACAUGAAGUUGAGGAUUCAUAUUGUCAAUAAUGUGUGACAAUGUCAAACACUGUUGUUUGCUUGCAGAAUUGAAAGACAACCAAUCCUUUACUCAAUCCGAUUGAGGAGUUCUUCUAAACAUGGUGGUGGAAUGUCUAUGACAGAAAUUCCUAUGUACAGAACAACCUUCUCCAAGCCAUGGAGGAAGCUUGUGGGGACAUUGCUGUGGAGUCCUGUCAGGGAUGGCUCAGGCAUUCCAGGGCAUUUUUCCCCUGCUGUUUGGCUAGGGAAAACAUAGUCUGUGAUGUUGAUGAAAAUCUCUGGCCUGACCCUGAUCAGAGACAGGAUGCUGACCCAGAAUGAACUGUUAUUGCUAUUAUAGUACUGUAGCGUACUCUAAGCCUCUUACCUAGGUGAAAAUGCUCUAUGAUUCUUUCCUUGUUUUCUUAGCCUUCUUUGUUUUCCGUAAGUUCCAUUUUGGCGAAAUUUGUGUUGGUGACUUACAAUACAUUACUUUGAUCACUACAGUGACAAGCAUGAUUGUUCAACAAGCAACUGCAGUGCUGUACUGUAGAAUGUUUGAAUGGAAAAUAAACAUCCUCUAAGAAGGACAAUUGUAGUAUUUGUGUGAUUGUAUGAUUCACAUUGUGUCAAACUCAUGGAGUGUAACAUAUCUGAAAUUCAGGGACACGUUAUAGUUAUUGGUUCAUGAAAACCUUUUUAUAAUAGUUUUUUCAAUUCCUCCCAGCAGUGUAAAGGGUAUUCAGAAGGUUGAUUGUAUAUGAUGGUUUUGUGUGUAAUUUGAAUGCAAAGUUUGGUUUCUAAGACAGAUAAUGUGGUUUUGACUAUAAUGCUUACUUUUGGGUCAAAAGUCAAGGGUUUGUCCAAAAUGGUGUGAGUACAAAGAUGUGUGUUUAGGGUUUUGAGAAAACGUAGUACACAUUCAAGAAAUGUGUGUUAGCAAUCGAGAAAAACUGUAAUAAAAUAGGGCACAUUCACAAAGAGAACCAGAUAUGAAAAGUGUUCUAAUAUGCAAACAUUAGUUUAUGCAGAGAAGGCAAAAUUGUUAACCAAGUUUUGAAUAGAUACAGUUGAACAGAACAAUGUAAAACACAUUCCACACAAUUGUAACAAUUUAAUUGCAUUCUCACUGCUCAUAAAUAUAAUUUAGUGUGUAAUUUGAUGUAGCAUUUCUGUGUUUAAAAUUUGUGUACUUUAUGACAAAAUAUUUAGAUGGGUAAUUAGAUAUACUUUAAAUAUACCUAAGGCAAAAUGGAAGUAAUUUCACAUAUGUAAUUAUGCUUCUGUGUUUAUUCGCAUGUGUGUUUGUCUCCUCCCUCUUCCUGUUUGUCUCCUUUGAGUCUGUAGAGAUGACACUUUAUGGCCAGAUUACAAAAUACUGAAAUAGAAAGGAAAGAGAGAAAAAGACUGAGAGGUUGAGAAAGAGGGAGAAAGAGAGAGCGAGUGAGCGAGCGAGAGAGAGAGAGAGAGAGAGAGAGAGAGAGCAGAUGUAAGUGAGUUCAGUGAACCAGUCACUUAUUUGUUUAUCUGCACACUAAAGGAACAAUGACACUGUAAUACUCAAACACACUCUGAUGCAUUCACAUUAUGCAGUAGUGUUUCUCCUGAGACUGAUUGUGCUGACGAGUCACAAGUGCUCAUUAAUAAGUUUACAGGCAAACGGAUGAAGAUGCAAAUUGCUCGGCGGUCUCCUUCGGAUCCGUUAGAGUGUUCGGUUGAACACAGAGUAAUCUCAACUCGUCCAGCGAGAUGGAGAUUGUAUGGCCACAGUUUCAAGUUGGACGUUACUUCCUUGUCCCACGAGGUUGCACUUGAGAGCAGCGAUAAACUACGUCUAUACUCGGUGAACAAAGUUGCUGGAAGCAAAUCCCGAAAGCAUUUCAGAGAAUGGCCACCAAUAAGACUCUGUUCCUUCAGUCUCACUCAGAAGUCUCAACCCACUAUGAGGAAACUACAGUGGACAUUGAUGCUAUCAUGGAUAAUGUUACCAUUGUCUUCUACACCAUUACUGUUCUCCUGGGCAUCACUGGGAACACUUUGGUCAUCUGGGUGGCUGGCUUCCGGCUGAAGCCCAAUGUAACCAACGUAUGGUUGGUCAACCUCGCUGUAGCUGACCUGAUCUUCUGCUUUACCCGCGUCAUUUCACUUCUCAAAAAACUUUUCUUUGACUACUGGCCUUUUGGAGUGUUUCUCUGCAAGUUCAAUGGCUUCUUUAAGUAUGCCAACAUGUUCUGCAGUGUCUUUCUUCUGGCUGUCAUCAGUGUGGAUCGAAUGCUCUGUGUGUGGCACCCAGUGUUCACCAGGGAAAGACGGACAUUAUGUGCUGCCCGUGUGGUCAGUUUAGGAAUUUGGAUUGUGGCGGUCAUCUUCAGUUCACCAUACUUUGUAUACCGGCAGGUUUACUCUAAGAACAACUUGAGCAAGUGCUCCUUGGAGGUGAAAGAAUCAUCAGAGACUGACAUUGUAGCAAGGAACGCCUUGUACAGCAUCCGUUUCUUAUGCGGAUUCCUGUUGCCCUUCCUGGUCAUUCUCAUCUGCUACAUACUAGCUGGUAUCGGUAUACGUAGAACUCGGUUCUCUGGCAAAUCACGGCCUCUCCGGAUUCUUGCUGCACUUAUCUGUGCCUUUUUCUUAUGCUGGGCCCCCUACCAUUGCCUACUGCUUGCCAAAAUGGUGGACAAGAAGAGCCAAGCAGUCAAACUUGGCCUGCCUGUUGCUAAGGGUUUAGCCUAUUUCAACAGCUGCGUGAACCCAGCGCUGUACUUCUGCAUGGGACUGAAUGUUAGGCGACGCUUCAAACAAAGUCUGUCAGGAAUUUAUCGCCGAGCACUAAUGGAAGACGGCUACACUGUGCAGUCCCAGGAAGGCACUGCGGAAGAAAGCUGUAAUUCCAUUCCAAAGACCGCAAGCAAAGUUCGAGAUAAAAUUGACGACAUGACUAAUGUUUAAGACCAGAAACAAACUUUAAUACAAAAAUGUGAAUGCAAUGUCAUUGCAAGAAUGCAGUCCCCCUUGUACCAUUGUCAGAACUUCACAUUUGAUUGAAUUGAUUUUCAGGAGCAUUGCUUAUGUUUUAUGAGGAUUUUUUUUUUACCUGUGUAAAACAUAUUUUGCCCAUUAACGCCAAAUACUUAAAGGGGUAGUUCACCCAAAAAUGAAAAUUCUCUCAUCAUAUAUACCCACCCUCAUGCCAUCCCAGGUGUGUAUAACUUUCUUUCUUCUGCAGAACACAAACAAAAAUUUUUUCGAAUAUCUCAGCUCUAUAGGUCCAUACAAUGCAAGUGAAUGGUGACCAAAACUUUGAAGUUCCAAAAAGUACAUAAAGGCAGCAUAAAAGUAAUCCAUACGACUCAAGUGGUUUAAUCCAUGUCUUCUGAAACAAUGCAAUCAGUUUUGGCUGAGAACAGACCAAUAUAUAACUCCUUUUUCACUGUAUAUCUUGCCAUUGCAGUCUCAAGGCACGAUCGUGAUUUGCAUGUGCAGAGCGCUAGAUUGCACUAGAAAGUGUAAUCGAGCUUGAAAUCAUGAUCGUCAAGGAGACUGCAGAUGUCAAGACGUACAGUGAAAACGGAGUUACAUUUGUUCUGUUCUUACAUGGAUUAAACCACUGGAGUCUUCUGGAUUAAUUUUAUGCUGCCUUUAUGUGCUUUCAAAGAUUUGUUCACCAUUAACUUGCUUUAAAUGGACCUUCAGAGCUGAGAUAUUCUUCAAAUCUUCAUUUGUGUUCUGCAGAAAAAAAGUCAUACACAUCUGGGAUUGCAUGAGGGUGAGUAAAUGAUGAGAGAAUUUUCAUUUUUGGGUGAAUUAUCCUGUAAGCUGUAAGCGAUUUUUUUUUAUGGAAUAGUAUGCAGAAAAUGUUCCUUCUCCUUUUAAGGUAUCAUUGAAAGAACUGUACUGAGUCCUGAAAUAAGUGUUUCAAAAUAUCUGGUCUCAAUGUUAUCUUUGGAGGGCGGUGUUUUGGAAAGAGGGGGCAUGUCUAAUUCAACGGCUUAGUCUCGUGGAAAUUUCUGAACAGCUAAAAUCGCUUACAGCACCUUUAAAUUGAAUUAAUUAAUUGAAAUAAAAUCUAGUAUUACUCUACUUUUAUAAUCAAAUCAACAUGAACUAAAAAAGAGUUGUAAAUAAUACACAAGAUUAGGCCUAGAAUGGAGUAUUGCUAAAUAUAUCAAAUGUACAUGUUAAAAAUGUAAAAAACUAAAAGAAAGAUAAGGGAGGCAGGGAGUGGCAUUUUUUUGCCCCAAAACUUUAAAGAGCCCUUGUUAAUUUCUGAAACUCCGGUGGCAAAAAAGUCAGUUCUCGAGGGAGCUAUAGGUUACUUUCAAAUGUCUAUGCCAUUAAACUGCAUGUGCUAUUAUUCAGGUAGCUUGCUAUAAACAUAUCUAUUUCAACUAACUGGCUCAGCUAGAUUCUCUUCAAACUGCUGCUCCGCCAUUACAGUAUUGAAAGAAACAGAGAAAACUGACUUUAGAAGCAAACAGCUUACGUGAAUGUCCCGAUAGCACACGUACAUCACCCAGACGUCUAUUUGAUGUGUGUGUUUACAUCUGGAAGACUUAUUUUUUAUGUUGUUUGCUCAUCUGUAAUACAUCUAUAAAACUUAUGUCAAUAAGUAUGUCUCGGAUCUCAAUAAGACUUUCAGUAGAUGUUUUUGAGAUGUUCAUGAAUUAGAAUGUUUGUAAAUCUGAUCUUUUAAGAUGUUCAGCAGAUGUUAAUUAGAUUGAGAUGAUAUCCAGAUAAAAAGUUCUAAAACACAUAUCUCGGAUAUGUAUGUGUGCUAUCUGGGUCUACUAUGCAGGGCUUAAUUUGAGAUUUUGGUGAUGGUGGAACCAUAAAAUCGUGUGGUGGUGCCCUAGGCCAGAUAUUAUGUGAUUCCAUGCUGCUUCCAAUAUGCUGUCUUUACCAGCAUCCACAACUGACUAGAGCGAAGCAUAAUGUUGAAAGGUUUUUUGAGCAAAUACAAGGCCUAAAUGAGGAUGAAAUGUGUGAAAUGGAUCAAACCAAAACUGCAGCAGAGCACAAAAAAAUUGAAUGGAUUGACAAACAAACUGCCAUUAAAAAAAAAAAAAAAAAAGUUCCAGGACGACAUUCAGCACAGUUUAACCCCUGGCUAUAACGGCCAUUAUGACAAUGCUUAGAAUGCAACACG